CAGGAAAGACAGCCAUUUUGCAGAGCCCAGUGCUGGAAGAUACAGCUAAAGAGCACUGCUCAAGAGGAUUUUUAAAAGGGAUUUCGUUAGUUAUCUAAUUAAUUUUGGAGCUGCUGUUAAUAUUUAGACGAGUCGGUAUACGUAUAGAGCAUUAAGCACUUUCCUACUAUUCUUCUUUUGAAACAACGCUAGAAGGAGCAAAGAAGAUGAAUGGUACUCUGGACCAUCCAGACCAGCCUGACAUUGAUGCCAUUAAGAUGUUUGUGGGUCAGAUCCCCCGAUCCUGGACGGAGGAGCAGCUGCGUGAACUCUUUGAGCCUUAUGGUGCCGUCUAUGAGAUCAACGUGCUGCGAGAUCGGAGUCAGAACCCCCCUCAGAGCAAAGGCUGUUGUUUCAUAACAUAUUACACUCGCAAGGCAGCAUUAGAAGCACAAAAUGCUCUCCAUAAUAUGAAAAUUCUGCCCGGGAUGCAUCACCCAAUCCAGAUGAAGCCAGCGGACAGUGAGAAGAACAAUGCGGUUGAAGACAGGAAGUUAUUUAUAGGAAUGAUCUCAAAGAAGUGCAAUGAGAAUGACAUCAGGAUUAUGUUUUCACCAUGUGGGCAGAUUGAGGAGUGCAGAAUAUUGCGUGGUCCUGAUGGACUGAGCCGCGGUAAGGUGGCCGCUGCACCAUUAACAGCCUGCUUCACUUUUACCAUAGAACUUUUUUUUGGGAGGUCAACAAGUGACACAAGUACAUAUGUUGCAGGUUGUGCUUUCAUCACCUAUACAGCAAGGCAGAUGGCACAGACAGCCAUUAAAGCAAUGCAUCAGUCACAGACAAUGGAGGGCUGCUCCUCCCCCGUCGUGGUGAAGUUCGCUGACACGCAGAAGGACAAGGAGCAGAAGCGCAUUGCCCAGCAACUCCAGCAGCAGAUGCAGCAGCUCAACGCUGCAUCUAUGUGGGGGAACCUGACGGGGCUGAACUCACUCGGGCCGCAGUACCUCGCACUUUAUUUGCAGCUUCUCCAGUCCGCCUCUUCUGGGAACACACUCAACAACUUGCAUCCCAUGUCAGGCCUGAACGCUAUGCAGAACCUGGCAGCCCUGGCGGCCGCAGCCAGCGCCGCCCAGUCCACACCCACGGGCUCCAGUGCGCUAACCACUUCCAGCAGCCCUCUCAGCGUGCUCACCAGCUCAGCAGGAUCAUCUCCGACUUCCAGCACCAACUCUUCAGUCAACCCCAUGGCCUCCCUUGGGGCCCUUCAGUCCCUGGCAGCAGGGGCUGGGGCUGGACUCAACAUGGGGUCUCUCGCAGGAAUGGCUGCUCUGAAUGGUGGGCUUGGCAGUGGAGGCCUGUCCAAUGGUACAGGUAGCACAAUGGAGGCGCUGAGCCAGGCAUACUCAGGCAUCCAGCAGUAUGCCGCAGCUGCCCUGCCUAGCCUCUACAACCAGAACUUACUCUCCCAGCAGAACAUGGGUGCUGCUGGCAGCCAGAAGGAAGGUCCCGAAGGUGCCAACCUCUUCAUCUACCACCUACCCCAAGAGUUUGGAGAUCAGGAUCUGCUCCAGAUGUUCAUGCCGUUCGGCAACGUCAUUUCUGCCAAGGUGUUCAUAGACAAGCAGACCAACCUUAGCAAGUGUUUUGGCUUUGUAAGUUAUGACAAUCCAGUUUCGUCUCAGGCUGCCAUUCAGUCAAUGAACGGUUUCCAGAUCGGCAUGAAGCGACUGAAGGUUCAGCUGAAACGCUCCAAAAAUGAUAGCAAGCCAUACUGAGUGUUUUUUCUCUCGAAUGGACUUGUUAUAAAAUGUUUUCUGGUAAGUGGAGUGUGGUGUGAGAGCCCCAUUGAGUAUUACACAAACCUAGCUACAUUCCUCUGGGGUUCCUUCCGGUUCACUGUAUUAGCAAGGAAGGAGAUAAAAAUGAAAAGUGACAGAUGUUAAUAUUAAGGCAUUUGUUCACUGAAAAUGGGUACUACUUUGUUGUGGUUUUCAACUGGAAAAAGCCCUGAUGUUUUCUUAAGAUGCCAUAUGAUAUAGGUUGCUGUGUAACAGUAGAAGUCUAAAAGGUGUUAUACAAAUGGAACCCUGUAGCCAAUAUAAUACUGCUGUUUUUAUCCCCAAAGUUCAAUUGGUUGGAUCAUCGUUUUACAUUGAGUUUUGUUACCAAACUGAUUAGUCCCAUCCAUUUAUAGUAACGCAAGAUUUCCCACAAACUGCCUUUUCCCCAUGUUAAUCAAGGGUUGUCCAAACCCUAAAUUAUAUUUCAGAGCAGUCCAGGGGACAACUAGGCAACUCCUCAAAUGCAGAAGUCACUAUAUUUUUCACUGUUUAACAUUAAAUUUAAUGAGUUCUAUGAUGCGAUGAGGCUUUUAGUCAUUAGAAUGUAUUGUCUAUUCACUGAAAUAUAUUGCCUAAUGCUGAAGACUGUUUAGACUUGGGGUAGUAGGCUGGUGUUUUAAUUUUUUCUAAACCCUGGUUUGCCACUUUGCUCAGUCUUGGUAGUUUUGUAAUGAGGUGGUGUUUGGCUCACUCGUACUAUAUCUCACUCUAAUAUAGACACACACAGAGAUACAGACCUACGCAUACUUGCUGAGCACUUGACUUUUGUUCAGGGAUCCACAAUGAGUUUUGAAUUUUUUUCUUUUGUUUUCAUAUAAACGGCUGAAGAUUUUGCAGAACACCACACUAGUUAGGUCCUGUCAGACAUUAUUUGCCUUUGAGUUCUUGCUAGUUUUCUACCUGUCAAAAAAAGGAUUAGUAUCCAGCUUCCUUGUGUUCAAGUUCAACUGUUUGUCUCUGCUAUAUUAAUGUCACUCUACGGUUUGAUGCUGAAUAUCAUCACAUUUGACCAGUUUUUCAGCAAUAAUUCUGAAUUUUAUCUAACAUCCAGUUGACAUGAGAAAGGAGGAUAUGUUUUAAAAUGGCAACAGUUUUCAUAUCCAAGUUAUAGAAUUCCCCUUUCCUGUCUUGUGUUUGCUGGUAAGCAGGAAAAAUUUAUCAUCAACUGGUCAUUUACCUUUUGGACCUUUUUAGAUAACAGACAAACCCCCUAUUUUUUCUGCAAAUUUUUUUUUUUUUUUUUUUUAAGUGUGUUUAUUAUUGAAGUUGACGUGAUCUACAAUCUUUCAAAUUGGUGAUGUAAGUGUUAUGUAAUAACUAAAGCAGUUCUUAGGCAUCCAGGGUCAUACAAAUGGUUUUUAUACAAAUGGAAAUUGUCCAGAUGUAUAUUACAAAAUUAUGCCUUUUCUAUUUUUAUAGGGUUUUAUAUUUCUCCAGAGUUUUGGAGACUAUUUAUUGCGUAAAUUAUUUCUCUGAAUUAAAUUAAUAAAACAUUUUUACUUAAACUUUUACUUCAGCAGUAUUUUUUAGAAUUGUAGUAUUUAAAUUGGUAAAUGUAUUAAUUAUAUAAUGCAUUUGGGUGUGCAAGGUUUAAGACAUUGACUUGUUAGCCUUUUCACUCCGUGAUGUUAUUACUGAUACACAAGUCAAAAUGGCUGAAUACUAUCAAUGGAAGAAUUUACCAUGCUGCUAAAUAUUUCAGACCAUUCUUGGUUGUAAACAUGAGCCAAUCAUCAUAGCUGGAAAUGGAUGUCUAUAUUUAGGUAUUAGAUUCUGUGUGACCACCACAGUGCUUCUGCCCCUGCCAUUAUAAUGAACAAGAAGGAUAACGCUCACCAGAAAACAGCAUGGACUGAAUCAGCUUUAGAUGGGGUGGGGCAUACAGGCUGUACUACGCUGCAUAUGUAAUUGAAAUUUCUUACAUACAGCUGCACAGUUAAAGCAGCACCUAUUUGACAUUUUAGAUGGAUCUGUAAUGAACGAGAUCGCAGUGACGUUGUUGGCCUAUAAGCUGAUAAGGAAGCCUUACACUGACUCUUCUUUACUGGCCAAGUAAUGUGCCAAAUUCUGUCACAUAGCAAAAGUUGUCCUUGGGCAAAAAGCGGAAUGUGGUCUUAAAGCCCAGGCUUGAAAAUGUUGCCAAAAUUCCAGGUCUCAUGUUUUUUUUGUUUGUUUCACACCCUUUUAUUACUACUAUAGCUAAUUACCAUAUUAGAGUACGUAAUUCAUUUGUAAAAUUAAGUUUUGAACUUCAGACAGAUCUGCGUGGCCUAAAUUUAGCUGAUCAGUGUUCACACAUUCAUACAGUGCAGAUCUGCUACUCUGAAUAUGUUCCUCUUAAAUUGCACUUUGUCAAUGUUUAAAUGCUUUAUCUUGUACAUACUACUAUGACAGUCACACCACUCAAACUUAAGCUACCUUUUCCCAAUUAAAAUUAGCACCAGUUUAUGCACUGACAACCCUGACAGUGAUCAUUUUUGCCAUUUUUCUUUUUAGAAAGUUAAUUUCCUCCAAAGCAAUAUCUGCCAUAAGAGCACCAAGUCCCGAUCCAAUGUGGAUUAGGCAGUCUGUGUGGUGUCUUACUGUGUGCUGUCAGUUCUCAUCUGUAGCUUCCUUAGCAUGUUGCUCAUAACUCCCCCUCCUCUUCCUCUGUUCUGCAUUAAUUGUUCAAUGUUUAGGAUGUGUGCCCGUAAAGUCCCAUGCAAAGAUAAUCAUUUGUGAUCUUCCUUUUUUCCUUUCCUUGUUUCAUCGCUGCUUUAACUAGGUUGUUCUCCUUGUUGUUUUGUUUCAUUCUAGAUAUCUUCGUUCCCGUUUGUUCAUCGUUUGCCUAGCAUGUCGAUGUGACGUCAAAAGUUCAUCGUCCAGUCGUUGUCCUCUGCGCUUCUCUGAUGCUUGAAAUUUUCAUCUUUUGACACUUAACUUUUGACGCUUAAUUAUACAAGGAUUUUUGUUUUUUUUGUGUGCUCUUCAUUACUGUUGAUAGUGAGUUAGAAAGACUGCUCUUUCAAGAAAAAAAUGUAUAAAGUUACAUUUAAAUAUUGUUACAAGCAAAAAUCUAUUUUUCUAGAACUUCCUAAGGUAACCACUAGAUAUUGCAAAAGUGUAAUUUUUGUAAUAGUUUUGCCUGUUUACAGGUUUUCUUUUCCCUAUUUUGUGUUUAGAGCAGUCUUCCUAUUCAUUUUUGUCAGAAACAGAUUUAUAGAAUUUACUUUGUGUGUGUGCGUGUGGUUGUGUAUUCUCCUGUUAACUUUUUUAGGAUGUUAUGUCAUUAUGCUUAAACUGAGGAUGACUUUGUAAAUGUGCUAGGCUAGCUGACUGUAAUGUGUCAUUUGGGAGCUCCUAUAAAUAGUGAUGUCAUUAGACACAUGGAUUGCCUCUUCUGUCUAGUGUGUCCAGCCACCACAGUCACAUAAUUUGCUUUCGUUGGGAAAUCAGCAUUUGUCUGAAGUUUGAUAUGAAAAUCUAAAAUGGGCACAAUUCAGUUACUUGUCACAAUUAGUUUAGCCUGUAUCUUGCAUGCAUAAUUUUGGUAACUGCACUGAAAUCUUCGGCAAAAUGUGAUUUAUUUUUGUUUAGAAAUUUGGAAAUGAAUAAACUAGUGCCAAAAGUUAGCAUGUUUGGUCACAUUUUCUGUACCUCCUGUUGCUUUCCCAAUAGUUUAAUUGUGCAUUAACACACAAGGUGGUUUUGUUUCUGUGUUUGAGGUUACUUAGUGUUGCAGUGACUAAUCAAAACGGGUUCCAUUCAGGUUCUUACCAGGUGAGUUGACUAUGUUGGGGCUCCGAUUAUAAUGAAUUUGUGUAUUACUGUCUAUGAAAUUAAUGUUUGCAUUGCAUGGGGUGCAGUGUGGCUCGUUUCAGGAAUGAGGUUCGCGAGUAUUUCGUUAGACUAAAUCACACUCAGAAGAUCAGUAUUCCAGUCACUUAUUUGGUGGCUGAUGUGAGUAAUGUAUUCAGCUAUAUCACAGUAGGUUUUUCUCCCCUUCCCCCUACCCCCCCUUCUUAAAACCUGUGAAUGUGCCCAAAUCUUCAAUCCACAUAUAUUCAUGCUGGGACUCAAAAUAAAACACCCAUCCUGCCAUACUGUAACUCAUGUUUAUCAUUACUGACCCUGUUCAUUAAAGAUUAUGGGUUAUUGCUUUGAGGAAAUUUAAGUAUUUAGUUUAAAAGCAUUGUAAAGUGUUUUGUAAUGUAUAUUGCUUGAUAGGUGAGAGACAUCACAGCAUAAGUGUUUGCAAUUGAACAAUUCACAUAUUUUGCAUUUUUUUUGAAUGGGAAACACUGCUUUAUCUUCUGAAAUUUGUAAGGUGUGUGACUUUGGAAAGGCACAUAUUUUUCGUCUCAGUGUGUUCCAUGUUAGAGUACUCACUUUGUCCUGGCAGCGCAAAGUAUUGUAUCGAUCAUGCUGAUGAAUUGGUGAUCAGUUCAGUUAUGUUCAUACUUGUCUUGAUUUGACCUUAAAUUGAAAUGUUUGGAGCAGCAUUCCACAACUGCUUAAAAAUGGUCAAAAGCAAUGGUUUUUAGAAGGUGGAUGUUUUUAUGCUUUGUUAAUAACCAGGGAUUUGUAGAGCACAUGCCUUAUGAAACUGUUUGAGUGGGAUUUUUUUCCCCCUUGAGCUGGAAACAUAAAUUCCCAACCGUAUAAAUUAGUGCAGUGGUAUAAAUGCAAUAUUGAUUCUGUGUUGGGUAUUAUUAAAUCACACUUUUCAAAUUCUGAACCUGUUUGUCCUUGAUGGAAUUCAGAUCAGACCAGACCUAGACCAUCCUGGAGCAGACUGGUUUGAUUAGUUUUCUCUAACUUUAGAUGGAUACCACCUGCUAGUACUAAUACAAAACUGGAAAAACAAAUUUGUGGACUGUAAACAAAAUCCCUGAUCCCCGAUUUUUCAAAUUUCAAACUGAGACAUUAAAAGAUGUCCUUCAGAUUAGACUCCUUGUUUCAUUGAUCUGAGACAAUGUAGCGACUGACUUCCAGCUGCUUUUUCUUGUUCCUGAGUGAAACCUGUGGGAUUUUUUUAAAUUCUUAUGUGAUGGAUUAUAUUUAAAAUUAGGUUUUGUACAGUUUUGCCUUUUCUACCAAGAAAAUGUUGAUCUGUUUUACAAUGUGAAAAUUUAAAUCAAAAGUGAAGCCUUCUACAAUUUGCAUCUGACCAAACUAAGUCUGUCCUUCAGUAAUAUUCAGCAUUGGAAGGCAAAAGCCAAGAGUUUUGAAAAAAAUACUUUUCUGUUUUUGUCAUUGUGUGAUUUUUGAUGUAAAACAUAGUUUAAAAAAUUAGAUGCUUAUAAUGUUUCCUUUUAUAAGAUUUCUGUAGACUGAGUUUGGAACAUGCAAGCAUUUUGUUUCAGGAUUUAAUUUUGUCUUGAUAGUAGUACAUAAAGAUCUUGGUAUGGGGCUAAAAACACUGAACUCUUCAAGCUGUCCUUUUGUAUGCCAUGUGUGGUACCUCUGUUUUCGUAUGAUUAAAUAGUUUAAGAUUUA